CCAAAUACCACUAUGUUUGCCGUGUGUGGUCCACUGCAUUAUUGACCAAAAAAUAGCAAGUCGUGUCACUGAUCUUGAAGUAAGUUGAGCCAUAUAAUAAUCUUAACAGGCUUUGCUGGUUCUUUACUCGAAUUUCACAAAGAAUUUUCAGUUUUUCAACUUCAAAUACUCGAUCAAAAUUAGUCCUUUUGCCACGAAGAGAAAAUGGCUUUGGUUGGAGAGGCUUUGCUCUCCGGUUCGAUCCAGAUGCUGUGCGAAAAGAUUGCUUCGGGAGAGUUCAUGGCCUUCUUCCGGGCAAGAAGACUCAACCAUUCACUCAUGGACAAGCUGAAGGUGACAUUGAUUACACUUCAUGCAGUGCUCAACGACGCAGAGGAGAAGCAGAUUGUCAACCUUGCCGUCGGGAUGUGGCUUGACGAGCUCAAACAUGCUGUGUUCGAAGCCGAGGACUUGGUGGAUGAGAUCGAUACUGAAGCUUUGCGUCACGAGGUGAAAGAUCAGACUAAGCAAACCCAGGUGUGCAACUUCCUCUCUACCUCUCGUAAUCCUUUUAAUUAUAAAGGCAUGAAUGGUAGAAUAGAGGAGUUAUUUCAGAGGUUAGAACACCUUGCAGAACAGCGAAAUCGCCUUGGUCUUAGAGAAGAUAUUGGGAGCAAGGUUUCACAAAGAACUCCCACAACUUCUGUAGUUGAGGAAGGAUUCUGUCCUUAUGGUAGGGAUAAGGAUAAAGAAAAGUUAAAAAAACUACUGCUGCUAUCUGACAAUGAAAGUAGCAGUAAUUUUGCUGUAGCCCCUAUAGUCGGAAUGGGCGGGGUUGGUAAGACAACCCUUGCUCAACUCCUUUACAAUGAUGAACAAGUUAAAGAGCAUUUUGACAUUCAUGCUUGGGUUUGUGUUUCCGAACAGUACGAUGCUUUGAGGGUGAUUAAGACCCUUAUUGAGCAAAUCACUGAGAAAUCUUGUGAUAUCUCAGAUAUGAAUUCCCUUGAAAUUCGACAAGGGGAACAAGUAAGGAGGGAACAAGGGAGGGGCGUCUCAGAUAUGAAUUCCCUUGAAAUUCGACUAAGGGAGCAAGUAAGGGGAAAGCCAUUUUUAUUUGUCCUGGAUGACCUUUGGAAUGAGAGCUAUGAUGACUGGGAUCGUCUACGAACUCUUUUCACUUAUGGGGCGAAGGGAAGCAAGGUCAUUGUAACAACAAGGAGCAGACGUGUUGCAUCCAUCGUGCGCAAUACUAUUCCAAUUCAUGACUUGGAAAAAUUGUCGGACGAUGAUUGCUGGUUGUUACUGGCAAAACAUGCAUUUAGAAAUGAAAACUCUAGUGCACAUCCAGACUUGGAAGAAGUUGGUAAGAAAAUUGCACGUAAGUGCAACGGUUUGCCUUUAGCUUCAAAAACACUAGGGGGUCUCUUAGGUUGCAACCUAGACUACAAGGAAUGGAAUUACAUAUUGGAUAGCAAUCUUUGGGAUCUUCGACACACUAAUAGUGUUCUUCCUUCUCUAAGAUUGAGUUACCAUUACCUUCCAAGUUACUUGAAACGAUGCUUUGCUUAUUGCUCAAUUUUUCCAAAGGGCUAUGAAUUGGAAAAGGAAACUGUAAUUCUACUAUGGGUGGCAGAAGGUUUAAUUCCACAAUCAGAUGGUGGGAAUACAAUGGAGGAGGUUGGUGAAGGAUACUUUGACGAACUGUUAUCGCGAUCAUUGUUUCAAAGACCAAGAUUGGAUCAACCAGGAUUCACUAUGCAUGAUCUCAUCAAUGACUUGGCUAAGUUUGUGUCUGGAGAGUUUUGUUUUAUGUUGGAUCUGGAACAUUCACAUGAAGCUCGUAAUAGAGUUCGCCACUUCUCGUAUGUGAGAGGAAAAUUUGAUACAUCUUCAAAAUUUCAGCCAUUAGAUGGAGUGAAGUAUUUGCACACAUUCUUUCCAGUGUCUUUAACACCAUAUGACCCAAGUGAUGACAAAGUAUAUGUAAGCAAUAAGGUUCAAGAUGAUUUUCUGCCAACACAAAAAUAUUUACGGGUAAUUUCAUUGUCAAGAUAUCGAAAUAUCACUCACUUACCUGAUUCCAUUGGUAAUCACAUACACUUGCGCUACAUUGAUCUCUCUUAUACGGCAAUUAUAAGGUUACCAGAUACAGUGUGUACCCUCUCCAAUUUACAAACACUGUUGUUGUUAGGUUGUUCUUCUCUUGUUAAACUGCCUGCAGACAUGAGGAAAUUAAUUCAUUUGCGUCAUCUUGAUAUUGGCGGAACUCACAUAGAAGAAAUGCCCGUGCAUAUGGGUAGAUUAAAAAGCUUGAGAACACUGACAGCUUUUGUGUUGGGGAAAUCUACUGGGUCAAGCAUUGCAGAACUGAGGGAGUUGUCGCACCUUCGAGGGAAAAUUUCUAUCUUGAAUCUGGAAAAUGUAGUCAGAGCUAUUGAUGCCUUGCUGAAGGAUAAGAUUGAUCUCAAUGAGGUAGAGUUGAAAUGGGGUUAUAACGUUUUCCAUGAUUCCGUAAAAGAGAGACAGGUACUUGAAGGACUACAACCUUCGGUAAAUUUGGUGAAACUAACAAUCAGAUUUUAUGGUGGAACCAGUUUCCCGAAUUGGGUGGGAGACUCGUCCUUCCCCAACCUACAAGUGAUGCGUCUCGAAGGUUGUAGUAAUUGCAGCUCACUGCCACCAGUUGGUCGGCUACCUGCUCUCAAAGAGCUCUACGUAGAAGGGAUGGAAUUUGUUACGAGUGUUGGUGUUGAAUUCUAUGGGGGAAAUCAACCAUUUCAAUCUUUAGAGAAGCUAGAGUUUAGGAAUAUGCGAAGGUGGGAGGAAUGGCUGCCGAGUCCAAGUGGAGGUGAAAGUCCAGACUUUCCUCGUCUUAAGGAGCUGAUUUUAGACGAAUGUCCGAAGCUGAGAGGAAACUUGCCCACUCAUCUUCCUUCCCUGGAGAUACUUAGGGUCCGUCAAUGUGAGGUACUACAUUUGCCGAUGGGGACGCUGCCGUGGCUUCAGAUGCUUGAAACUAGUUUUAAAGGCGGGACAGAGUGGUUGUUGGAAAUGGUGCACAACGUUAAUCGUCUUCAAAGUUUGACUUUAUAUGAAUGUUCCUCACGCUUGUCGUUCCCAACAAAUGGUCUGCCCACCACGCUGACGUCACUCAGUAUACUAUAUUGCAAGAAAUUAGAAUUCCUAUCACGUGAGAUGAUGGCCAAAUUGACUUCCCUUCAGUCUUUGGAUUUAACAGAGAGCUGUGAUUCUCUGAGGUCGUUCCCUUUGGGCAUUUUCCCCAACCUUUCAUCUCUUAUUAUCCGUGGUUGUGAGAAUCUGGAAUCUCUUUCCGUUGAAGGAGGAGCAGAUGAAAAUCUCAGCCAUCUCAACUCCCUGUUUAUUUUGUACUGUCCAAAUCUUGUCUCUUUUCCCGACGGGGGAUUGCCCACUCCCAACCUCACUUCCUUUUUAGUCGUUGACUGCAAGAAUUUGAAGUUGUUGCCGGACCGCAUGCACACCCUCACCGCCCUUCAAGAAUUAACGAUAGAAAGUCUUCCAAAUGUGGUGUCAUUUGCACAAGGGGGUUUGCCUCCCAACCUACAAUCAUUUCGGAUCGGCUGGUGUGAGAGACUGAGGCCUUCAGUGGAAUGGGGAUUGCAAGGGCUUGUCUCUCUUCUACAAUUUCGGAUCGAAGGAAACAAGGAUCUGCUGGAGACGUUGCUCAAUGAACAGCUGCUCCCUACCACUCUUCACACACUCCGAAUCUCUUCUGUAUCGAAUCUGAAAUCUUUGGACGGAAAGGGACUUGAGCACCUCACUUCUCUUCAACACCUAAACAUUUUAUGGUGCGCGAGUCUCAAAUUCCUGCCAAAAGAGGGUUUUCCGGCGUCUCUUUCUUAUCUGAGCAUCUGGGAUUGUCGUUCUCUCAAGAAGAGGCAUCUGAAGAAGUGGUAUGAGAAGGUAGCUGGCAUUCCUUGCAUAGAGAUAGAUGGAGAAGUCAACAUCUUGUGAGCUUUCAUUUCACUCUCUCCAACUCUCAACUCUCAACUCUCAACUCUCAAGACAAAAGCCAGGAGAGUGCGAGGGGAGUGAAUUAUUUCUAGUCUGAUACUGUGGAACUACUUGGGGGUCGAUAUAUAUGAUUCUCCUGCAUGACAAGAGGUAUAUCGGAUUAUCCAAUGGUGCUCUGAUUUUCUGGACUGUCAAGUUUGAAAUCUAUUGCAUGGAAAUGGACUUACAACACCUCCCACUCUCGCAAUUCCUGACGGGACAGGGACCUCUAGACCUCAGCUCUCGUCAACAGCUAUAUAAAGAUUGAAUGUAUCUGGGACUUCGUCGGUCCAGAGAGAAAACUAUUGAACUGCAAAGACAGGAUUAUUGGAGGGAAAAUGAUGUUAGCUUACACCAAACACUCAGGUGCAUAUAUAUAUGUUUCUCUGCAAACACAAUGGUUGGAGAGAGCAUGGCUUAUUGGCACCGCUUGCUAGAAUGCCGGUGUACUAGACUUGGUGGCUGGCUGCUGCGUCUACAGAUUUCAGUAUGGCAACUCUGCGAUUGUAAAGAUAGGAUUACCUACAGCCAACGAUUUAAACAUACAUCAAUUAGUUGUCCUUGAAUGGUGCUAGCUCCAGCUAUCUGGCAUGAAUAUAAUUCUCCUUUAAUUGGAGGGAUAUGCUUUUGUACAGACAGAGUGCGCCUGAUCUUUCGUCAUGCUUACGGAUGUUGGUAUUCCAGUAAAUGAUAUUACUAGAAUAAGGGGUUGGCUGGUGUUCUACGGAUUUCAGAGUGAUACUUCUUACAUUGAGCACUGCAGAUGAGCGGAGUAUAUUUUUAAUCUGAGGUAUGAAAAAGGAAAGCAGUUGAGUUGGCAUCCUACUGACGUGGAUUUGAGAGAAAACAUGCUUUUCACAGUUCGAUUUGGAAUGAAAUGGUAGAAAGCGUGUGAAGGUCCACUGGAGAUAUGUUUCUCUCUUUUAACACAACAGUUGAAGAGUGCCUAAUGGCUGAGCUUGCUUGAAUGCCAUUCAAUUCAACUAUAUGCUAAGUCAGGACAAUGUGAUGGUAGUAGCAGUUUAAAAUCUUUGGACAGAAAUGGACAUUCAACAGGGACCUGCAGACCGCAGUUCUCGUCAACAUCUAUAUAAAGAUUAAGUGUAUGUGGGAUGUCAUUGGCCUAGAGAGAAAACUAUUGAACAGUAAAGAUAGGGUAAUCAGAGGGCAAACGAUGUUAGCUUACAUCAACCACUUAGGACAGUAUCAUCAAAUAUAAUAGCAACUGGUUUUAGCUUACAUAUCAAUUACUAGUUGUUGAUUGGUGCGGCGGCAAUCUCUCGCAUAUAUGAUUCACCCUGCAUGGGAUAAAAUGCCUUUGUCAUCUUUAGGUAGCUGUACACACAUACGUUUCUAUACAAACACAAUGGUUGAAGAGAGCAUGGCUUAUUGGCACCGCUUUCUAGAAUGCCAGUUUUACGACUCGGUGGCUGUCUGCUGCCACGCCUACAGAUUUCAGUGACAACACAAUGGGACUACAUAUGUGUGGGCUUUAUUGAUGCAGAUGGCAACUCUGGAAAUGUAAAGAAAGGAUCAUCUACUGCCAAAAAUUUAAACAUGCAUCGGUUAGUUGUCCUUGAAUGGUGCUACUCCAGCUAUCUGGCAUGAAUAUAAUUCUCCUUUAAUCGGAGAGAUUUGUACAAACAAAGUGGUUGAACAGCGCGCUUGAUCCUUGUAGCACUGUCAUCAUGCUUGCGUCUGUUGAUAUUCCAGAGUAUCUUGUUAGGCUGAGGUAUGAAAAGGGAAAGCAGUUGAGUUGGCAUCCUAUUGAAAUGGAUUUGAGAGAUAAUACGCUUUUCAAAGUUGGAUUUAGAGAAACGGUAAAAAGCGUGUGAAGGUAAAGCUCUGCGUUCUUUUCCUGCAUUUUCAUCAAAAUGUAGCAGCUGUAUAAAGAGAAUCUGCGGUCUUUGGAUCUUGUAUACAGCUGUGAUUCUCUGAGGUCGUUCCCUUUGGGCAUUUUCCCCAACCUUUCAUCUCUUUAUAAAAAUCAUUGUGAGAAUCUGGAGUCCCUUUCUGUUGAAGGAGGAGCAGAUGAAAAUCUCAGCCAUCUCAACUCCCUGUCUAUUUUGCAAUGUCCAAAACUUGUCUCUUUUCCCGACGGUGGAUUGCCCACUCCCAACCUCACUUCCUUUUUAUUAAGGGAAUGCGAGAAUUUGAAGUUGUUGCCGGACCGCAUGCACACCCUCACCGCCCUUCAAAGUUUGGAGAUAGGAUUUCUUCCAAAUGUGGUGUCAUUUGCACAAGGGGGUUUGCCUCCCAACCUACAGUCAUUUGUGAUCGUAUAUUGUGACAGACCGAGGCCUGCAGUGGAGUGGAGAUUGCAAGGACUUGCCUCUCUUUGAGAAUUUUCUAUCAGCGGAAACAAGGAUCUGGUGGAAGAACAGCUGCUCCCUGCCACUCUUCACACUCUCCAAAUCUAUGAUGUAUCGAAUCUGAAAUCUUUGGAUGGCAAGGGCCUUGAGCACCUCACAUCUCUUCAACACCUACACAUUGAAGAGUGCGAGAGUCUCAAAUUCCUGGUAAAAGAGGGUUUUCCGGCAUCUCUUUCUUAUCUGAGCAUCUGGUAUUGUCCUUCUCUGAAGAAGAGGUAUCUGAAGAAGAGGUAUGAAAACGUAGCUCGCAUUCCUUGCAUAGAGAUAGACGGAGAAUUCAACAUCUUGUGAGCUUUCAUUUCACUCUCUCCAACUCUCAACUCUCAAGACAAAAGCCAGGAGAGUGGUGAGGGGAGUGAAUUAUUUCUAGUCUGAUACUGUGGAACUACUUGGGGUCGAUAUAUAUGAUUCUCCUGCAUGACAAGAGCGAGCAAGCAAUCCUGUAAAGAUAGGAUUAUCAAAUGGUGCUCUGAUUUUCUGGACUGCUAAGUUUGAAAUCUUUUGGACGGAAAUGGACUUACAACACCUCCCACUCACGCAAUUCCUGCCAGGAGAGGCACCUCUAGACCUCAGCUCUCGUCAACAGCUAUAUAAAGAUUGAAUGUAUGUGGGACUUCGUUGGUCCAGAGAGAAAACUAUUGAACUACAAAGAUAGGAUUAUCAGAGGGAAAACGAUGUUAGCUUACAUCAACCACUCAGGUGCAUAUACAUAUGUUUCUCUGCAAACACAAUGGUUGGAGAGAGCAUGGCUUAUUGGCACCGCUUGCCAGAAUGCCAGUGUUACUAGACUUGGUGGCUGGCUGCUGUGCCUACAGAUGUCAGUAUGGCAACUCUGGGAUUGUAAAGAUAGGAUUAUCUACAGCCAACUAUUUAAACAUGCAUCAAUUAGUUGUCUUUGUAUGGUGCUAGCUCCAGCUAUCUGGCAUGCUCCUUUAAUAGGGGAGAUAUGCCUUUGUACAGACAAGGUGGUUGAACAGCUCGCUUGAUCCUUGUAGCACUAUUCUCAUGCUUGCGUUUGUUGGUAUUCCAGUAAAUAAUAUUACUAGAAUAAGUGGUUGGCUGGUGUGCUACUGAUUUCACAAGAAUGAUAAUUCUUACGUUGGGCACUGCAGGCAAGCUGAGUAUCUUGUUAAGCUGAGGUAUGAAAAAGGGAAGCGGUUGAGUUGGCAUCCUAUUGUAUUGAAAUGGAUUUGAAAGAAAACAUGCCCUUCACGGUUCGAUUCAGAAUUAAAUGGUAGAAAGCGUAAGGAACAUCUUAUCUCCUGGAAGUGAUCCAAAGGAACUGAGAGGUUAUAGCAUUCUUCUCACCGUUGUGGAUUUCAUGAGCAAUCAAGAGUAUUCAAAGUUGCAUCUGGACUCAGAGGUCCACUCACUCACUAUAUAUGUAGGCGAUCAUUUGAUUUGUUAACCGUUCUUGAGGAAGAUGCAGUGGAGAAAUAGACGAUGCUUCGCCUUAACCCAAGUUUGAUGGGUAAAGUUGGAGCAGCGGGCUCUCAAAUUUAGAAACCUUCUUGCCAAAUGCACACUUUGUUGCUGCCAGUGGAGUUCAUUUUCCUCUGCACGUACGUUGAGGCCAGAGCCCUAUGUCGUUGACUGCCGAUGGUGGCUGAUUUGGAGGCUGCUGCUGUGGUAGUGGAGAGUCAUUCCACUCUAGCUUUGGUAGGGCUGUUGCAAAGGAGGAGGAUUAUUCUGCGUCUGGCCCAGUAUUAUGCGAGACGAGAGGCCUAAAAGGUUGCACGUAGACUUGCACGAUAUCAAGAGUUGCUAUAGUUUGACGACUCCCCUGGACAUUAUUUUGGAUGUUUUAGUUAAUAGAAGCUAGACCGUCAUAUCUUGUAAAUUGUUGGUGCGCGGUACUCUUUUUCCUUCAGUUGGGUUGAAAUUCCCGACAAGGUUUUGAUGAGGCCACUCUUUAACACCCUAUCGUCUUGUACAUUUUUCUUUCGAUAGUAACAACUAGCACACAUUUAGUUAAAAGAAAAUUCCAUUUCGGGUUCAGACCCUAAA